AUGGCAUCCUUCGGUGUGAAACCUUCUUCGCGCUACAGCUCCUACGAUUCACGCUCCUCCACUUCCUCUCACUUCUCCGACCCUUCGUCCUCCCAUGAAUUCAACAAUGCCAGAACAAAACCCUCUUCCUCUCGCGCCCUCGUCAAGACCAAAUCCUCUCACACCACCAAGGUGGAUCCCACCUUCACCACUAUGGUCAAGAAGUUCAUGGACCGCAAGCCCAAGUCCUCCUCCGCCACCGCCACCAGGUUGAUUAUUCCCUCCGAUUUGUUGGCCCAGGAUUUAAAGAAGGACGCCAAGAGAGUGGCGGGCUUCUCUGCGCUGCAGAAGAAGCUCUUCGGAAAGGGGGCUUCCGAGAAAAAGGAGAAGAUGAAGGCCUUGACGGAGGUCAAGAACAACACCAGGACAUUGGCCAUGGUGCUUAGGAGCGAGAGGGAGCUUCUCAGCAUCAACAAGGAGCACGAAGAGCAGAUUUCUCAGCUCAAGCAGAUAUUGGAGGACAAGAACAAAGAGGUGGAGAAGUUGAGGGACUUGUGUUUGAUGCAAAGGGAGGAGAUCAAGUCGUUGAAGAAUGCGAUACUAUUCCCGGAUGUUAUGAAUUCUCAGCUUCAAGAGCUUCUAGAGAAGCAAGGUUCGGAGCUGAAGCAGGCAAAACUGGUUAUUCCAGCUCUGCAGCAGCAGGUUUCUUCCCUCACCGGUCAGCUUCAAACCCUUGCGGAGGAUCUUGCUGAGGUCAAGGCUGAUAAAUAUUCAACAAAAGCCGGUCUUCUCGGUUAUGGAAGUUCUCCAAGGACACCAACACAUGCCCGGGAAGAUGCUUGCAACUCUUGGGAAUUCAGCUCUGAUGACCAGUCCGAUGACCUAUUACUAAAGGAUCUAAAUCCCUGCUUAACACCCUGCAACGCCAAGUCAAGAUCAAGGGAAUUCGACGGUAGGGGCUCUGGCUCAAUACUUGAUGAAAGUUUAUCCGAGGAUGAUACUAAAGUAUAUCCUGAGAUGGAUUUUAGCUCUCAUGAUCGCAAGUUUUCCAAAAGUUCUGACUGUUGCCAUAACUCCAGCAAAAGAAGUGACGGAAGCAAAGCAGGUCGAAGAUCCGAUGAGAGCAAAUUAGCCUACGGAGGUAGAAUGAACCAUAAAUUUGCAUAA